GCCGACGAGGGCCUGGUGGUGGACUUCAAGGGCAACCCGGUGGACAAGUCCCGCACCGGAGGAUGGCUCGGCGCCGGCCUCAUCGCUGGCGUGGAGCUGGCGGAGCGGGUGUUGGUGAUGGGCGUCACGAUGAACAUGGUGACGUACCUCGUCGGUGACAUGCACCUAUCCAGCGCCAAGUCGGCCAACAUCGUGACCAACUUCAUAGGCACGCUCAACCUCCUCGCUCUCUUCGGCGGCUUCGUCGCCGACGCCAGGCUCGGCCGCUACCUCACCAUCGUCGGCGCUGCCACAAUCAUCGCCAUCGGGGGGAGCCUGCUGGCGACGAGCACGACGGUGCCGGGGAUGCGGCCGCCGUGGUGCGCCACGGCGUAUGGCCCCGGCUCCGGGUGCGUGGCGGCGAGCGGCGGGCAGAUGGCGAUGCUGUACGCGGCGCUGUACACGAUCGCGGCGGGCGCGGGUGCCCUGAAGGCGAACGUGUCCGGGUUCGGGACAGACCAGUUCGACGGGCGCGACCCGCGGGAGGAACGCGCCGAGGUGUUCUUCUUCAACCGCUUCUACUGCUGCGUCAGCCUGGGGUCGUUGUUCGCGACCACCGCGCUGGUGUACGUGCAGGACAACGUCGGCCGCGGCUGGGGGUACGGCGUGUCGGCGGCCGUGAUGCUCGCCGCCGUGGUGGUGUUCGUGGCGGGCACGCCGAGGUACCGGUACCGGAGGCCCGAGGGGAGCCCGCUCACGGUGAUCGGCCGCGUGCUCUUGGCGGCGUGGCGGAACCGGAGGCUGCCGUGCCCCGCGGACGCCAGCGAGCUCCACGGCUUCCACAGGGCCAAGGUGCCACACACCGACAGGCUCAGGUUUCUGGACAAAGCCGCCAUCGUGGACGCCGACCUGGCAACGGAGCACCUGCCGGCCGUGGCAGGGCCAACGGUGACGGAGGUGGAGGAGGUGAAGAUGGUGUCGAAGCUGAUCCCUAUCUGGUCCACCUGCAUCCUCUUCUGGACGGUGUACUCCCAGAUGACCACCUUCUCCGUCGAGCAGGCGUCGCGCAUGGACCGCCGCGUCGGCCGCGGCCGGGGCGGCUUCGUCGUCCCGGCGGGGUCCCUCUCCGUGUUCCUCUUCCUGGCCAUCCUCCUCUUCACGUCCCUCAACGAGCGGGUCCUCGUCCCGCUCGCGCGCCGCGUCAUCGGGCGCCCGCAGGGCCUGACCUCCCUCCAGCGGGUGGCCGCGGGGCUCGUGCUCUCCACGCUCGCCAUGGCCGUAGCCGCGCUCGUCGAGAAGAAGCGCCGCGGCGCGUCGAACGAUGAGGGCGGCGGAGUGGCCGUCAGCGCGUUCUGGCUGGUGCCGCAGUACUUCCUGGUGGGCGCCGGCGAGGCGUUCGCGUACGUCGGGCAGCUGGAGUUCUUCAUCCGGGAGGCGCCCGAGCGGAUGAAAUCCAUGAGCACGGGCCUGUUCCUUUCCACGCUAGCCAUGGGGUUCUUCCUGAGCAGCGCGCUCGUGGCCGCCGUCGACGCCGCCUCACGGGGCUCGUGGAUGCGGGACAACCUGGACGACGGGAGGCUGGACCUCUUCUACUGGAUGCUCGCCGUGCUCGGCGUGGUAAACUUGGCGGGGUUCCUCGUGUAUGCGAGCCGGCACGAGUACAAACGCACGAAUAAUAUCCAGCAGAGUAAGAAUAUUAAAAAAUAA